CCCUGCGCAGGCCAAUCAGCGCUGAGAGAGUGUGUGGUUUCCGGGAUGUUUUGGUGAUGUGGCUCUGCUCACAAACCCCAAACACGACACAUUUAUCAUAGAGUCCGCUAACAGCAGCGUUUACUCACCUGAGGAGGAUCCACAGCAGGGUGGCCAUGUUUAGCCGGCUGACCCAAGGCGUGACCUCCGUCCUUCAGGAGUUAUCUGGAGAGGAGCAACAUGGUGAUGAAGCUGAUCCUCAGGAUGGCUUGGUUCCCCGGUUGUUGUCUGGCCCUGACGUCUCCUCAGAUGUCUCAGGUGCUUCAGAUGAGAUCCUGGAGCAACUGGCUCAGACAGAACAGCUGGUGGUUCAGCUUAAAGAUCUCAUCAGAGAGAAGGAUGGUCAGCUGGCCAGAUCCGAGAAACUGCUCAAGGAGGAGAAAGAGCAGGGUGAGGCAAAGUUCACCAAACUGAAACUGCAGGCGAAAGCUAAAAUGGCUGCUCUAAAUAAACAAAUCAUUGAACUGAAGGGAGAAGAGGGACUUAACACCAGUCAGAAUACAGAGAGCUCUUUCACGAUGCCUGCUGGUUCGGAGGAGGAACUCCGGAAGGUAAAAGAGAAAUUAAGUGAGGAGGAAUCGUCCAAUCAGAGCCUGCGAGAGCAGCUAAGAGUCGCCGAGCAGCGAAUUAAAGAGAAGGAGGAGGAGCAUGCAGAACAGGUGCGAGUUCUGCAGGCUGUAGUGAAGGACAAAGAUGUUCGGUUUCAGGAGCAAAUCCAAAAGCACGAGGAGGAGCUUCUUCAGAUCAACACCCAGGCCUCGAACGUUGCUGAGCUGCAUCAGGCUCUGCGUGAUUCCCAGAGGAGGAUCGAGGAGCUGGAGGAGUCCCUGCGCUCUCGUUCGGAAGUCCUGGAAAUGUUACAGCAGGAGCUGAACAGUGCAGAUCAACAGAAACAGAUUCUGACCGCACAGUUCAGACAGAUGGAGCAGGAGUUGGCUGAGGUCCACAGACUCAGAGAACAGGAAAAGGAGCAGUCUUCUGCGCAUGCUGAGGAACAACUCCAGGCUUUGAGGAGCAAUCUGGAGGCUCUGGAGAGGGAGAAAGAGCAGACCAUGAUGGUUCUGGAAGCAGAAUUGUCUUUGAAGACAUCUGAGCUGGAGCAAGUGAAAGCAAGUCUGGAUGAACAUUUGGGUAAAGAAAAGGAGGAAGAUUCUACCAUGGGGGCGGAGCUACGCACGCUGCGAGCCGACCUUGAAGCUUCUGAGAAACAGAGACAGGAAGUGACAGAGAAGCUCGAGGUCGAGGUUGAACGUCGAGUGGAUGAGCUGCACCACUUGCAGGAGAAGCUCGAUGAGGUGGAGAGGGAAAGAGAGGAAGCGAUGCGGACUGAGAGAGAGGAGCUGGAGAGGCUGCAGAUGGAGCUCACGUCCCUCAGAGAGAGGCUGGACACCGAAAAAGAGGAGCAGGAAGCCGGGGUACGAGCCAAGCAAGCGCUGGAGAAGCUCUGGAAAGGACUUCACUCUCUCAGCAGUGAAGGAUCCGAGGUAGAGACGGACGUCCCGGGAGAUCCUACUCAGGUUCUGCAUGUUUUGGAAGCAAGAUUACACGACAUGAGAGCAGAACAUCAGGAGAGAGACCAGCGGAUGACUCAAAUCAGCGUUACCAUAGAAACGCUACAAGAACAGCUGGAUAAAAGCACGGCAGAUGCCGAGGAGGCAGCAGGCAGGAUUCGGGAGCUCGAACAGCAGCUGUCUGAGCGUCAGGUUACUGAGGAGCCAGUGGGAGAGCAGGUGACUGAACUGUCUGUCAGGGAUUUGGAUAAAGCAGAAGGUGCAGAUGAACACAGUUCUGAGAAGUUCUCAGCUCUGGAACAGCAGCUAUUGGAGCAAGAGAAGGAACUUGUUGCCCUCAGGGAACGCUUGGCAUUCAGCGAGUUGCAGAACCUGAAGAUUUCACAGGAUGAAACCUCAGACUCUCAGAACGAUGCAAACGUUCCUGCCAUGCCUGACAGUUCUGGAGCUCAACCUGGUGUUGAAGAUGUUUCAGAGGAAGACACGACACUGAUUGCGGUAGAUUCUGAAACGUCUGCACUUUCUACGUCGGUCGUGUCGUCUGCCGACAACGAGAGCAGUCCUGAGAAGACCGGACCACAACCUGAGUCACCUGUAGAGUUAAAGGAAGCUUCCUCAGAUGAGAUGGUGACUAGCACGGACUCAGAAGUUGCUCAUAGCAGCUGGACACUUCUAGAAGCUAUCAAUCCAGAUGCAAGUCAAGAGUGGCCUCAACAAAUUCAGGAUCUAAAUGCUCUUCAACUGUCCAACCAGUCCUGGGAAGAAACUAGUGAAGAGCAGGUCACAUCGACAUGCUCGAUGGUAAAAGUAGAGUCAUCCAUGGUUAUCCAGGAAACUGUACAGAUUCAACAACACCAGCAGGAAGAAAACUCGCUGAAUGCUGAUUCCAGUCCUGAUCAGGCUUUUCCACAGGAACUCCAGAAAACCUACAGCGAACUCCUGGGUGAACUUCAACAAAUGAAGGAUUCAGCUGCUGAGUCCCAGGAGAAGGUACACCUUCUGGAAGAGGAACUGAAGUUACUUACUGUUGUUAAAGAUGAAGCAGAAGCAAAGGCGUUAAGAUAUGAAAAAGACUUGCUUAAAUUUCGAGAUGAGAUUUGUACAAAAGCAGAGCAAAACGCUGUAGAGAAAGAGAAACAGAAGGAAGUUCUUGAGGAGCAACUGGAGAGCUUGCAAAAGGAGGCUUUCUCCAAAGAUCAGACGAUCCAGUUGUUGCAGGCAGACCUUAAAGAGAUUCAGGAGAAACUGGCUGAAGAAGGUGGUCAAGCCCGGAUGCUGGGUGCACAGUUGGAAAAUAGAGAACUUGUGUCCUCAGAACUGGAGGAGAAAGUCAUCACAAUGGAGGCAAGGAUUCAGCAACUUUCUGAGGAGGCUGAGAAAGAUAAAGCUGCUCUCCUUGGCAAGACCACGGAGCUUGAAGAUUUGCAUCAGUCUCUGUCACUGAAAGAGCAGGAGAUGAUGGAACUCAGUGAGAGCAUGACCACCAAACUGCUCCAAGCAGGUGAGGAAAAGUUUGCGAUAUCUAGUGAGGUCAAAAUGCUAAAGGAGCAGAUGAUGGAACUUGAAAAAACCUGGGCUGACCAGCAGAAAGUGAAGGCAGAUAAGACAGCUGAUGAAAGUGAGGAAUUGGUAGUUUUGCGAAAGGAGAAUCAGAACCUGGUUGCUCAAAUAGCCACCAUGAAGACAGAUGGGGAACAGGUGAAGCGAAAGUUGCAGGCGGCCUUAGUGAAACGUAAAGAGUUGAUGAAAAAAAUUGCUACAUUUGAGAAGGAAGCAGGCAGUUUAAAAGAAAAAGUACACCAAGAGGGAGAUGUUAGCUUUGAGGAUGGAGAAAAAGAACAGGAACUACAGAAUCUUGAAGCACAAUUAGAAGAAACGCGACAGUCCUUGACUUCCAAAGAAGAAGCCUUGAGUUUGCUGGAACAGAAAAUGCUGAGCCAAGAUCAAGCACUGGCUGAGGCGCAUGUAGAAAUCCAACGCCUUGUAGAAGAGGCUAAAGCACUCGCUAAACAUGAACAAAUCAUAAGGCAAGUUCAAGAAGAGAACACCAAACUCCAGUCACAGGUCACCAACAUGGAAUCUGAACUUGAUUUGUUGCAGAAAAAGCUCCACGAGGCCACGGACUCUCGCAAAGACACUCUGCGCAAGGCGAAGGAAAAAGAUCGGCAUCAUCGUGAACAGCUCAGGCAGCAGAAAGAAGAGUACAGUGUUCUCCUAGAACGAUCUGAAGCUAAGGAGGACGAAAACGCCGAGCUACUAAAACGUGUAAAAGAGCUAGAACAUCUUGUGGAGUCAAGGGAACCAGGAGAUCAAGAAAAGCUUGUGAAUGUACCAAAAGUGUCUGAGACUCCAACUGAGAAUGUGGAGAACAUAGGAUCAGGAGAUUGGGGUCAAGAGGACUGGGUGGACUUCACCACAUCUGAUCCUGAAAUCAGUCAAAAAGGAUCAGCUGCCGAGCAGGAACCACAAACCACAUCAGGAAAUCAUGAGAGGGAGGAAAAUUCUCUCCAAGACCUAGUGAAGUCUGAACAAGCUGCCCGUGUGGAUCUGGAGAACCAGCUGCGAGAAAGCCAGGCAGCUCUGUCACUCAAGGAGACCGAGUUGCUGGAGCUCAGCAAAGAGCUGGAGACAUUGAGGGCUAAAGAGAAACAGAUUGAUGCUCUUUCAGAAGAACUGGACGAUUUGAGGACAAAGUGUGAGCAAGCGGAGGCCCAUGCAGAGAUGUUAAAGGCUGAAGUGGAGGAGGCUGCUUCUGUGGUCAGGAAAAACAUGUCCGACGCAGAAUCUCCCGUUGUAGCUCUUCAGGCAGAGGUAGAUGAGUUUAAGCAGUUCCUUAAAAACAAAAAUGAUGAGAUCAUUGACCUAAGCCAGCAGCUGAGUGAGCAGAGUUUCCUUCUGCAGAAGAUGCAGGAGACUGUUCUGGAAAAAGAUCAGCUGAUUGCAUCUUUGCAAAAUGGACUGAAAGCUGAGCAAGAAAGGUGUCAAAAGCUAGAAGCAGAAAUCCCACUGAAGCAGGAGGAAGAAAAAGAUAACCAUGCCAAGUUUCAGCAGCUACAGCGCAAAUUUCAGGCUGCUCUGGUGUCACGGAAGGAAGUUCUCAAAGAAAACCAAACUUUAAAAGAAGAGCUGAGCAGCGCCGAGAAGUCAAGAUCAGAGCUGCUAGCAAAGAUUUCAGCUGUCGAGGCAAAUCUGAGCAAUCUAAGCAUGGAGAAAAACAAACUAAUUGAAGAAGUGGAUAGGACUUUGCUGGAGAACCAGAGUCUUGGUGCCACUUGUGAAAGCCUUAAGCUAGCAAUGGAUGGUCUUCUGAACGAAAAAGAAACGUUCAAACGCCAAGCUGAUAGCGCCACAGAAGAAGCCGAACAGGCAUCUAGGCGGUGGGAAGAGAAGGUGCAAGGCAUGAAGGAGGAGUACGAAACCUUACUGAAGUCAUACGAGAACAUAAGCGAUGAAGCUGAACGGGUUAGAAGAGUGCUGGAAGCUGCAAGGCAGGAGAGACAAGAAUCGGCGGCUAAAGCACGAGCUCACGAGGCAGCCAAACUCGAGGCUGAGAAGGUAGCGAACGAAGCUCAGAAGGAAAUCGAUGUUGUGAAAGAGAAAAUGCGAAAGUUCGCCAAGACAAAACAUCAGAAAAUUAUGGAACUAGAAGAGGAGAAUGAGAAACUUAGAGAAGAAAUAGAGAAGAAAGGAACCAAAGAACAUGACCCAGGUUUGGAGCAGGAACUUGAGGAAGUGAAGAAUGAGUUGGAAUCCUUAAAAGCUAAAUUUGAUUCAUUAGAAGCUGAACGACAUUCUUUGGAGAAGGAAACUGAAAAUCUGAAACAACAGCUGGAUCAUAAAAUGGAUAAAAAGAAUAGCAGACUUUUGGAUGUUGGUUCUUCAGAAAACGUUGAGGAACAUGUGGUGGUGCAGCAUUUGCGUGCGGUUUUACCUGAAAACCAGGAAGGUGGUAGCUUUUCCAGAGGGUCUAAUUUGUUGAUGCAACCAGAUAACUCUGGGGGAACCAAAUCUGAACAAGAGGCUUCAGAAGUAAUAGCUAAAAGGGAUGAAAGCCAACAUGUAGAAACCGUUGAGCAGCAGAAGGAAAUGGAGGUGGCCCUUGAGAUAACAGAGGGCAAGCUGAAAGAACUACAAGCAGCUCUUCAAGAUGAGAAAAGAACCAGACUUGAACAAGAAUCAUUGCUUAAUGAAGAGCUAUCUUCUCUGAGGAAACAUCUCCAGGAGUCUUGGGAACGAGAGAAAAAGUUGAUGGAGGAGGGCUCAAAGAGUGAAUCCCAGCUACAGGUGACUCACAAAGGACUUGAAGAUACGAUGGGAACCAGAAUAGAGCAGGAAACUUUGCUUAAUGCAGAGGUGUGUUCCCUUAAGCAGAAUCUUCUGGAGUCUGCAGAAAGAGAGCAGAGUCUAAAGGAAGAGUGCACAAAGAAGGAAAAUCAGCUUCAGGAACUUCGCAAAAGUCUCGAGGUUGAGAAGGAUGACCUGGAAGAGCGACUGAUGAACCAGCUAGCGCAGGUCAACGGCAGUAUUGCAGGUUACCAACAGGAGGCAGCUGACAGCCGAGAUUGCCUUGCAGAACUCCAGCGAGAACUGGAGAAAGUGCAGAGGGAGCAAGCCGAGUUAGAGGCCAUGCUGGCAGGAGAAAGGGAUCGAGCAGCCAGGCUUGAGGAAGAUAAAAGACAGGCCCAGAGAGAAAGAGCUGAAGCAGAAGCAGAAGCGGGUCUACAAAGAGAACUUGAGCAGAAACUAAAAUCAGCGAAGAGAGUGAAGGAAGCUAGCCAGAGCCGAACACGUCAGCUUGAGGAGCUGCUGAGGGAGAAACAGCUGGAGGUCCGACAGAUGCAAAAAGACUGCAUCCAGUACCAAGAACGUAUCAGUGUACUCGAUCGGGAAGCUAAGACCCUUCUGUUGGGUAGAGAUGAGGUAUCUAAGGAGCUCGAUGCAGCUCGGCAGGAGAUGGCAAAGCUCGAAGAAGAAAGACGCAGACUUGAAACAGAGUUGGCAACGUAUAAAGGGAAGCUGGAUAUGGCUCAGAGUGAGGUGAGCCAGGCACUUGCUGAGAAGGUAGCCUCUGAGCAACUUCUUCAUCGACGGGAGGCUGAGUUGAAGUCUGAAGCUGAGCGAACGCUGGAUGAGGUGAGAUACCGCUUGGGAGCAGAGCUAAAACAGAUGGAGCUUCGGUUGGAGCAGGCCUACCGAGACAGAGAACGAGAAGAAGAGGCAACACUGGUGGCUAAGAAUAUUGCAGAUGCUGCAGAGAAAUAUGCCCGGGAGACUCAAGCACGUCUGGACGAAUCGCUAGCACGACUGGCCGCCUUCUCACGCUCCAUGUCUUCACUGCAGGACGACCGCGACCGCGUUCUGGAUGAAGCUAAGCAGUGGGAGAACCGGUUCCACAGCGCCCUCCAGGGAAAAGAGGCUGAACUGCGGGAAGCCGAAAACAGAGCUAAGGAUGUUUCUGAGCAACUUCAGAAGGAGACGGCACAGAAAGAGCAGAUGCACAGCUUACUGGAGAGGUUGCAGAAAGCAGAAGAGCAGUGGCAGCUACAGUUAUCCGAAGCAGAGAAAAAGCACAACCAAUCUCUGACCAUUCUGGAAAAAGAAAGAGAUGAGUUACUUCAGAAACUGUCUCAAACCGAAAGCUCUUUGUCCCAGACACAGUCUCAGCUCACUUCUCUGGAAACUGAGGCAGAAGGUCUCCGCCAUCGAGCUAAAGCCCUAGAAGAAGCGGUCGACAAGCUUCAGAGCGACGCCAAUCGAGUCAGGGCUGAACUUAAGGAGCGUGAAUCAGAAGAACGAAGGUUGUGCUUGAACCUGGAGCAACUAGAGACAGACCUGCGUUCCUCUAAAACCCUUACAGACACUCUUCAGGCAGAGUUGGCUGAGAAGCAGAAAAGGGAAGUGGAGCUCCUUGGAGAGAAGGAACACGCCGUCACUCAGGCUGUAGAGGAGGCCAGGAAGGAAGCCGAGAGCAGGGCAGAAAGAGCGGAGAGUCAGCUGGAGGAGAGAAGAGCAGUCGUGCGAGAUCUUGAGGAGAGGCUUCGUAAGACUGAGGAGGAAUUGAGUCAAAGCAAAGCUCGCCUCAACUCUUUUACGAAGGCUAUGGGAUCCCUACAGGAUGAUCGGGACAGGGUACUAAACCAAUACAAGCAGUUAGAGGAGCGACACCUCCAGGUCAUGAUGGAAAAGGACGGUCUCAUUCAAGAAGCUGCUACAGAAAACAACGGCUUGAAGGAGGAGCUCCGUGCCCUUCUGGCCCAACGCGACGACCUCAAUGCGGAAAACGCCAAACUACACGCCCAACUCCAUGGCUACCGAGAUGAGCUAAAGCAGGUUCUGUCUCUGAAGGACUCUCAGCAUAAGAAGCUGCUUUCGGUUCAGCUUGAACGUAUCAGUGCCUUAGAAAAAGAGAGAGAAGGUUUCCAGGCUAGGAUGGAGGUCCUGGAAAAAGAAGCUUUGGUGAAAAAAGGACCUGCAGUGGAACGCGAGCUUUUGAGCCAGUCUGGAAAAGUCGAAGCAGUGCUCCAUGAUGCUCCUGGGGCAGAAGUAGAGAAACUAAGGGAGCAGCUUCAGGCAGCCGGGAAGAAGAUCAGCUCCCUGGAGGAAAUGCUGGUUUCUGAAAGGGAGGCAUAUGCAGCCCACAGUAAGGAGUUGAAAGAACUGCGCUGGGAGGGCGGCAUUCUUCGGACGGAGACCGAGACGGCUGAGGAGAGGGUGGCCGAGUUGGCCAGAGACUUGAUGGAAAUGGAGCAGAAGUUGCUAACCGAGAAAGAAGCAGCAGCUCAGCUACGAGCUCAGAACCAGGCCUUUGGCCAAGCCAUGGCUUCUUUGCAGGAUUCACGCGACGAGGCCAUCAAUGAAGUGAAGGAACUGCGCCUUCGCAUGGAACAGGGUCACCAGUCGGGAAGCUCCUCUGCACCACCUAGCAGCACGACUGGGGAAGUGUGGAGUCUGAAGAAUGCCCUCUCUGCACUCCAGAAUGACCGUGAUAGAAUGCUGGAACAGCUGCAGAUUCAACAAGACGAACUGGACCGACUCGGAUCCGGAGAGCUCGCGAGCCUCACUGAGAUCCUGGAGCAGGAAAGAAAGAAGAUGUUAGAGAUGGAGAAAAGGACGACUGUUCUCCUACAGGAGAGAGAUACACAGCGGGAGAGAGACAGGCAGGAUUUGGAGAUGCUCAAGCUGGAGCAUAGCGACUUGCAGGCUCAAGCAGAGACUCUGAGGAAACAAACUCUAGCAACGCUUUCUGAGCGUGACCAGCAGAUACGCCAUCUCAGUGCCAUGCUGGAGGAGGCACGAUUAUCAGAACCAAAACUACUGCAGGAACACCAAACACACAGACAGGGCAGAAUGGCAGAAGACAGCGCCCCCGGAGGUCCCCUGGGGCAUAGGGAGGACUAUAAGGCAGAGUGUGUCCUUCUCCAGAACAGGUUGGAUGAGGAGAUGGAGUUGAGACUCAGAGUUCAGGAGCAACUCUCGGCAGCACAGGAUCAUCUCAAACGAUACACACAGGAUCAGUGGCUCUCCGGACCGCACUCUGAGACGGCCGUGCUGAUUGAGCCACCAGAGGGCGCUGUGACUCGGAGCCGGAGUGGAGGUCCCGGAUUGGGCCGAUCGCUCCGAGGAGCCUUCUGUUCCCGUCAGAGAACUCCACUGCUCGUGUCCCUGUACCUACUGACCAUCCACGCCCUGCUGCUGCUCUGUCUGGGUGGAUAUCUGUGAGAGCGAGAGAGCGAGAUCUCCAUGAAAGAUCAACAGUUACACGAUACAUACUGACCUACAAACAGGGCAAACUUUUUAUUUCCCCCUUUUUUAUAAUAAUGUAUAUAUUUUUAGCUAAUUUGCCAAAGUCUUCCUCGUGGAGUUUCAUCCAAGAGGCCAAAACCUCUCACUGCCAAAUUCAACACUAUCACAGGGGCUAGAAACAAACCUGUCAUUAUGUAGAAUGUGUUUACACACGCCCACAUUCCAACCAACUACAAACUAUUGAUCUACAGAAAACAGGACUUUUACCAGCUGUGGGUUCUGGUCUUCAGACCUUCUACAGAUGGUGAGAUAUAAAAUAUUUAUCAGAAAACGCUGUUUAUUUCGUAUCUGAUCUUUGGGAAACUCUGCUUAUACUUUGCAUUAUAAUAAAUGGAAUUAAAGCGGCGCUCAGUGAUUUUUAAGGCCUGUUUUAAUACUCGUUCGUUUUUGUUUUUUAAUUUUGAAAAAAUCGAAUUAAAGCGGCAGCCCAUCAGGACACUACGGUGUCUCUACCUGUCCAUCAUCAGGUUUAAAGUCUCUGCCCACAUGUAGACGUUUUCACGCGUUCUAGAAUUCCAUCAUCUUUCACUUUUGGAAAUGAAAGGUGCAGAAUUUGAUUUUAGAAAAAAGGAUACACUGAUAAAAAAAAAAAAAUCUAAAACGCCUCUGAGUGAAAUUAAAGGACGACACGAUUGGAGGCAGGUGGAGACGUCGCCGUGUCCUGAUUAGUUGCUUUUUAAUUUGAUUGAGCUACAAAUUCUUCACAUCGUCCACUCUGUUCUGACUUCUAAUUAAAUAGUGUUUUAAAGGUGUUACGCUAACUUCUAGCUGUCGUAACAAUUUUCCGGUCGUGUGCGUCGCCAUGGAAACGAGCGACUUUGGAAUCUAAAGCACAGAUCUCACUGUUCUUCCUGUAAUCGCCGUGAUGUAAAAAAAAUAAUAAAAUCCUAACGAUCUUUCAUUCCUUCGUAUUUAUGUUUUUAGCCUCUUUUCCCUCUCCAUAGAAACGACUAGAAACACCUGUAGCUCCGUACAAACGCGACACAUUCCACGAUCAGGGAUUUAAUCCGGGUUUUAUACGUUAUACAUCAGAUAAAAGUGCAGAAUGUAAAAACACUAAUCAUAGUUUUUUUUUCCCUUUUUCUGUCUGAAAAACUUUUCCUGUGCUGGGUUUGGGGGCGUGGCCUGGAGGUUAACUCCUUGUUUACUGGGUGAUUUUAAGCACAGCCCUGAGCAGGACUUCCUGUUUUACCUGUAUACCUACCUGUAAAUCCGUUAUUUUCUCCUGUAUUUCUUUGUAGGGGUUAUUUUUUUGGAAAUAAAGCUUAUUUAUAGAAGGGGAA